UCGUAAUAAAUCGUCGAGUUCUUGCCUCCACGAUGAACGCCGUCCUGCCUUCGUUCAUAUUAUCGGUGACAUUAUUUGGCAAUAUUUACGGAAAGGCGACAUGCGAUUUCGACCAAUCGCUGCAACCCGGCUGGACGUAUAGAAUUCAAAGUACCGGCUUUCCGCGAAGGUAUGUACCGGGUUCGAAGUGUCGGUGGGUCGCCAGGGCCCCUUGGGACCAGCGAGUGAACGUCACAUGCAAAUCAUUCAACUUGCCACAUAGUCAUGGAUGCCAGGUUGACAGAUUAGAAAUACAAGACGGCAAUGGACGUAUUGCACCGCUUUGCGAAGGCAGAGGCUUUACUUAUGUUACCAAAAGCUCCCGAUUGACCUUAACACUCGUUACAAACCCGAACAGCCUUGGUGGAUCGUUCCGUUGUACCGUCGAAGCAGUUGAAUCCAAAGAAUGCGUUUGUGGAAGAAAAAAUGCACCCACAACCUAUCGCGGCAAUGAAACCGCCGUUCAUGAGUAUCCAUUCAUGGCUGCAAUCAUUGAUAAUAGGACACACGAACUCGUUUGCAGUGGAACGAUUAUUAACAAGAAGCAAGUUCUCACGGCAGCUCAUUGUCUGGCUGGCAGAGCACGAGAUACGUUUAAAGUAUUAGUCGGAGCACAUGACUUGAAAAAUGUUGAAGCAACUCCCGGUUCGAUGUUCUUCCGUACCGAGAGUUUUGUGUCGCACGAGAACUACAGUGCAUCGACUUUCGACUAUGACAUAGCCCUCAUUACAGUUGAUGGGGAAUUCGUAUUCAAUGAGAUUAUCAGUCCUGUUUGCUUGCCAUUUCAGCGUCGUAGUGAUUCGUUCGUCAAUGAAUUCACAGGAGUUUUCGGUUGGGGAGCUGAUCAUAUCGUCAACGGGUCAAUGAAUGCUUUAAGGAAAGUGAUGGUAGGCGUUAUAUCACCGUACACCUGUAAAUCCACAUAUCCAAAUUUGACGAAGAGACACAUAUGCACUCAACAACGAAACAUAGAUUUAUGCGGGCUGAACAGCGGUGGUCCAUUGACGUUACGGAAUGAUGUAUCUGACCAAUUUGUACAAAUCGGUAUUUUGAACAAGGGACCACUUUGUGGUCCAAGCGCGCGUGGUUUGAAUUUCCGCGUGGGUCUGCAACUCGAUUGGAUUGAAAAGAACUCUCCUCCAGAUAUUAAUUUCUGCACAGCUGAAUAAUCUCCCUCACCUCGCGGGUCCGUGUCCGAAGAUCUGAAAGCCUUAUAUUAUGCACUUGCAGCGAGUGAAAAAACGUCAUUUUCAUGAUUUUUUUUCGACAAGACAUUUUUUUUGAGCAUCAGUUGCGGUGGCCAUGAUUUAUAACUGAAAAACUAUUGAUCCGAUCCACAACAAAUUUAUACCAUUUAUUAAUUAUAAUAAUAGCUUGGGCCUGGACGAGGGAUUUGUAAGAAAUUUGAUUUUAAAAAAAUGACGACAGUUUUAACAAAAAAUUCAUUUUACCAGGUGCUAAAUUUU